AAAUCACAAAAACUGAAUCCUUUCGUUCCAAACAGACGCAAGUAAAAAUCCUUCAAAACCCUUUCAUCACCACCACCGCCGUCUGUCUCGUAUCACCGCCGUCUGUCUCUGUCUCACCACCGUGAAUCUCUGUCUCACACACCGCACCUUCCUCUCAGUCCAAGAUGGAGGAGACUCACGAAAACGACGCUCUUCCAAAUAACAGACCUUCCACUGAACAGGACAUUACUGAUGAGUUAGAACUAAGAUCAAAGAAGUAUCUUAGAGGAGAAGGUGCUGAUUUGAAGGGUUUAAAGGAUAAAAAACUCAGGAGUCAGAUAGUUGCCAGAGAGAAAUUAUAUGGACAAACUGCAAUAGCUGCUGCCAAGACUGAGAAAUGGAUUAUGCCUAGCGAGGCGGGUUUUAUCGUGCCUGAAGGCAUAGAAAAGACUGACACGAUCAAGCAGGAGGCAAUAGCCCGUGAAGUAGAUAUCUCAAGCUUACGGAACCAAUAUGAUAUUACUUUACCAGAGUUUGGUCCAUAUACUCUAGACUUUACUUCAAGUGGCCGGUAUAUGGCUCUUGGCGGCCGUAAGGGCCACCUAGCAAUUGUAGACAUGAUGAAUCUGAGCCUGAUUAGAGAUUUUCAGGUAAGAGAAACUGUGCGUGAUGUUGUAUUCUUACAUAAUGAGCUCUUCUUUGCUGCUGCUCAGAAAAAGUAUUCUUACAUCUAUAGUCGUGAAGGCACAGAGCUUCACUGUCUAAAGGAACAUGGUUCAGUGUUGAGGCUUCAAUUUCUGAAAAACCAUUUUCUGUUGGCUUCUACCAACAAUUAUGGGAUGCUUCUUUAUCAGGAUGUUACAAUGGGUGCCAUAGUUGGGAAAUAUCGAACUGGUUUAGGACGUACAAAUGUGAUGCAAGUAAACCCUUACAAUGCAGUUGUUUCUUUAGGUCACUCAGCCGGUACAGUUACUAUGUGGAAGCCAACCAGUUCUUCCCACCUUGUCAAGAUGCUAUGUCAUCAAGGACCAGUAACGGCACUGGCAUUUCACUCAAAUGGCCACAUAAUGGCCACUGCUGGGGUAGAUAAAAAAAUUAAGCUUUGGGAUUUGAGGAAGUAUGAGGCUUUCCAAACAUUACCAGGCUAUGCAAAUACUUUGGAGUUUAGUCAAAAAGGCUUGCUUGCUUGUGGUACUAAUUCAUAUCUCCAGGUUUUGAGGGAUGUUUCUGGUACACAGAACUAUUCAAGGUACAUGACUCAUUCAAUGGCAAAGGGUUACCAGAUAGGAAAAUUAGCUUUUCGACCAUACGAAGAUGUUCUAUGUAUAGGGCAUUCAAUGGGAUAUUCUAGUAUUCUUAUUCCGGGAGCAGGAGAACCCAACUUUGAUUCAUGGGUUGCAAAUCCAUUUGAAACACCUAAACAAAGAAGCCAAAAGGAAAUAAAGGCUCUUCUUGAUAAACUUCCACCUGAGACAAUCAUGCUGGAUCCAAGCAAGAUCGGUACAGUAAAACAUACUACUAAAGAGAAGCUAACUAAGAAAGAGAGAGAGGAAGAGAUGGAAGCUGCGAUUGAAGCUGUCAAGAGCAAAAAACUGAAAAAGAAAACAAAAGGAAGAAGUAAGGCAGGUAAAAUAAUGCCGAAAAAGCAAGAUGCAAUUGCCAAUGCAAAGAGGCCUUUCUUGGAGCAGAAAAUUGCAGAAGAGAAAAACGAAUCCAGAAAGAAACAGAAAACUAACGAGGGAGUUGACCUACCAAAAUCUUUACAGAGGUUUGCUCAUAAGAAACCAUCAUCAUAACUAAACUUUGUCAAUUAAGUCAGCAUGUUAUUUUUUUGUGGUUUUUCAUGUUUUUCUAAGCUUUAUAUUUGUAUUUGCUGUUGUUGUAGCCUUUGUUGGCAUUAGAAAUCAAUAUUUAUUGCCUUCCCGGUAAGGCAUAUCCAAUUUUGGUCUUUAAUUCCCUUCA